AUGGCUGAUCGUAGGAAAGCUCUCCGAUCUGGAAAGGCUGCUACUGGGUCACCCAACAACGGUUUUACCACGGAACGUUCAGUUGGCGGCGAGCGCCGUUCGAUCCGCCACUACCACGAUGGUCGAGUAUCGCAACGUGAGGCUCCUAUCCCUGGCCCCGUUCGAAAGUUAACUGAGAGCAUAGUCACGUCUAGGGCAAACAGCGCGAGCACUAGCACUGUCCUCAACCCUACGGUUAUUCCUAAGCCCAAGGAGCCGGAACCGGAAUAUCAGUCGCCUACUGCCGCUGAAAUCGAGAAGCUCGCCGGUGCUGUUACUAACCUCUUCCACCCAGAACGCACUAUACCCUUUCCCAAGCCUCCCCCACAGGUAGAGAACUCUCAUGAGCAUGAUUACCCCACCCUUCCCUGUAGCUUCCCCUACUCCUGA